AUGGACUCUGAUGAAUCAAAUCAAAUAGGUAAAAUGAAAGUUGAAAACUUAUCUAAUAAGUUUCUAGAAGUUGGCGAAGUAAAACCUGAAUUGAAAUCUGCUGAAAGUGUGAGUGAUAAUGUGGAGAAUAAUAAUAAAGGG